AAGACACUCUUGCUGUCUAGCCAGGACGUUCGACAAAUUCAGGAGAGAGAUGAACUGGCCCCGUUCUUGCAUCUCGUUUUGCUGGAUUUAUUUUGCUGCUUCUGGACUGAGAGCUGUGGAAACAGCAGAUGGAAAAUAUGCUCAGAAAUUGUUCAAUGACCUUUUUGAAGAUUAUUCCAAUGCUCUUCGUCCAGUGGAAGAUACAGAUAAAGUUCUAAAUGUCACACUGCAGAUCACUCUGUCUCAGAUUAAGGACAUGGAUGAAAGAAACCAAAUUCUGACUGCCUACCUCUGGAUCCGCCAGAACUGGUAUGACGCAUACCUCACAUGGGAUCGAGACCAGUAUGACGGGCUGGACUCGAUCGGCGUACCCAGUGACCUUGUGUGGAGGCCGGACAUCGUUCUGUACAACAAAGCUGAUGACGAGUCUUCAGAGCCAGUGAACACAAAUGUGGUCUUGCGAUACGAUGGGCUCAUCACCUGGGACUCACCAGCCAUCACCAAGAGCUCCUGUGUGGUAGACGUCACCUACUUCCCCUUCGAUAACCAGCAGUGCAACCUGACCUUCGGCUCUUGGACCUACAAUGGCAAUCAGGUGGAUAUAUUCAAUGCCCUGGACAGCGGCGAUCUCUCCGACUUCAUCGAAGACGUGGAAUGGGAGGUCCAUGGCAUGCCGGCCGUGAAGAACGUGAUGAUCUACGGCUGCUGCUCUGAGCCUUACCCGGACUUAACCUUCACGCUCCUUCUGAAGCGGAGGUCCUCGUUCUACAUCGUCAAUCUGCUCAUCCCGUGUGUCCUCAUCUCUUUCCUUGCUCCCCUGAGUUUUUAUCUCCCAGCAGCCUCUGGGGAGAAAGUCUCCCUGGGAGUGACCAUCCUAUUGGCCAUGACGGUAUUUCAACUCAUGGUGGCAGAGAUCAUGCCGGCUUCUGAAAAUGUUCCUCUGAUCGGCAAAUACUACAUAGCCACCAUGGCCCUGAUCACAGCCUCCACCGCCCUCACCAUCAUGGUGAUGAACAUCCACUUCUGCGGGGCUGAGGCCCGGCCCGUGCCGCACUGGGCCCGCGUGGUCAUCUUGAAGCACAUGGCUAGGAUCUUGUUCGUGUACGAUGUGGGUGAGAAUUGCCUCAGACCGCGCCACCCCCAGGAGCCCGACCACCUCACCAAGGUCUAUAGCAAACUCUCAGAAUCUAACCUCAAGACAUCCAGGAACAAAGAUCUUUCCAGAAAGAAAGAAGUGACCAGACUCUUAAAGAAUGACCUCAGGUGCCAGGGUGAGACCCUGCAGGACAGAGAUAGCUUCUGUCCGAGGUAUGAGGGGCUGACCAGAAACAUCGAGUACAUCGUCAAGUGCCUCAAAGACCACAAGGCCACCAACUCCAGAGGCAGUGAAUGGAAGAAGGUGGCAAAAGUCAUAGACCGCUUCUUCAUGUGGAUUUUUUUCAUUAUGGUGUUUGUGAUGACUAUUUUGAUCAUAGCAAGAGCCGAUUAGUAAUUAGCAUUUGAUAUUGGGGGAGAACUCAGUAAAAUGUCUUUGGUCCCCUCCAAUGUUGU